AUGUCUGAUUUAAUCCCAGUCGAACAGUAUUUACACUCCAUACACAAUGCAUCCUCAACAAUCCAAUCCAAGUUGGACCCACAUCCAAUCUUGUCCCGGCCUCGAAUAUUGAUCAUUUGUGGUUCGGGAUUGGGUGGAAUCGCUGAUAUUUUAUCCAAAGACAACGACAGUGAUUCGCCGAUUGUCGAGAUCAAAUACUCAGAUAUCCCAGGAUUCAAAACUUCCACCGUGCCAGGACAUGCUGGGAAACUAGUGUUUGGACUAAUUGGAGACAAUAAGGUGCCAGUGAUGUGCAUGGUUGGUCGUUUACAUUUUUACGAAGGUUACACUUUUCAAGAAACAACAUUCCCCAUUCGAGUAGCUAAGGAUUUGGGAAUUGGCGUUGUCGUGGUGACAAAUGCCGCUGGGGGUGUCAAUGAUCUGUACAAGCCUGGAGAGUUGAUGGUUAUCGAGGAUCAUGUCAACUUCCCUGGACUCGCUGGAUGGCACCCCUUGCGCGGCCCCAAUUUGGAAGAAUACGGUCCAAGAUUCUUACCGUUGUCCGAUGCGUAUGACCAUUCCUUACGGAAGCUAUUUGUAGAAAAGGCGAAAGAAUUGAAUGUCAUUAGAAAAAUCCACGAAGGAACUUAUUUUUUCGCAGCUGGUCCUACAUUUGAGAGUCGAGCAGAAGUGAGAGCUAUUAGGACAUUGGGUGGUGAUGCAGUGGGGAUGUCUACUGUUCCUGAAGUAAUUGUUGCUCGUCAUUGCGGAAUGAGAGUGUUUGCAUUGUCAUUGAUUACCAAUGCUGGUGUCGGUGCUAAACCACCAAGUGCAUUACAUCCAAACCCCGUAGCCUUGGAUGAUGGUAUGGCGAGUCACGCUGAGGUGUUGGAAGCUGCUGACGAGGCUUCCAAAGAUGUUGAAAAAAUAAUUGAGGCAACUAUAAAUCAAUUAUAG